UCAAGUAAUCUUCAAUAGGAGAAACCAAGGAAGAAGAUAAAAGAAGCAGCCCUUUUCUCCUUUCAUGGCUGAAGGAGAAACCACCAAAAUGGAUCCACAGAAUUCCAUAGAAGAGCCCAACCAUCCAGUUGGUGAGUCAGUUGCACCAGAGCACAAGAAGCCCAAACACCACCAGCCCUGCGAGGAUCGAGCUGAACCACACAACCCCUUUGAUGCCAGUCAUGCCGAAUCACAAAGCCAGUCUCCAGUCACCCCUGAUGAGUCCAACCACGAUGAAACUGAAUCACAAACUCAGUCUCCUCCUACAGUAGUGGAUGUUACAAAAGAACCCAUCAAAACGGAGGCCUUGGCGUCAUCGGAGGACAAUGGACGAGACCGGCUGAAGAGGCACCGAGUUGAGGUGGCCGGCAGGGUGUGGAUUCCAGAUAUAUGGGGACAGGAGGAGCUGAUGAAGGAUUGGACUGACUGCUCCGUCUUCGACGCUUCAUUGGUGAGUAGUAGAAUAAUGUCAGCUCGAGCGGCAUUGAUGGCUGAGGGAAGAAGACCUAAUUCAAGCAGAUUAAGGAUAGAGAAUAGAUGUUGAAGUUAUUCUCAGUCAAGCAUAAGUUUUGCUUCCUUCAUUUUUUUUCUUUCAUCACGAUAGCCUGCCUAUAUCUGUUCUUCAUCCUUAUCUCCCUGUUUGUUUAGUAUAGGUAUAAAUAUAUGUUAUCUAUAUGAACUUCUUUUUUUCCAGUUAUCUAGGCUGGUAUAUUGCAGAAUGAUAUUUCUCUUGUUGAUAAGUUAUAAUCAAUCUCAUGAGCCCUUUUCUGAUC